AUGGCGGCAGCCUCAGGCAAAGGAGGACUGUUCAGUCGGAGCAGCAACUCGGGCGAUGUACCGACAAUGCGUGGAUUGGUAUCUUUCAUUGCAGACCUGCGCAACGCCCGAGCCAGAGAGUUGGAGGAGAAGCGGAUCAACAAGGAGCUGGCGAAUAUACGACAAAAGUUCAGGGACGGCGGCCUGAACGGCUACCAGAAGAAGAAAUAUGUUUGCAAACUCCUGUACAUCUACAUAUUGGGCUGGAACGUCGACUUUGGACAUCUCGAAGCAGUGAACCUCAUCUCGGCCACAAAGUACUCGGAGAAGCAGAUUGGAUACCUCGCAGUCACACUAUUCCUCCACGAGCAGCACGAGCUGAUACACCUGGUUGUCAACAGUAUCAGGAAGGACCUUAUGGACCACAACGAACUUAACAACUGCUUGGCCCUACACGCUAUCGCAAACGUGGGAGGCAAGGAGCUGGGUGAAGCGCUGAGCUCCGAAGUCCACCGACUUCUGAUAUCCCCAGCAUCGAAGGCUUUUGUCAAGAAGAAGGCUGCUCUGACCCUUCUCCGCCUAUACCGCAAGUACCCAGGCAUUGUGCAAUACGAAUGGGCAGAGCGCAUGAUCUCCCUCAUGGACGAUCCCGACAUGGGCGUGGCGCUCUCUGUUACCUCCUUGAUUACCGCCUUGGUGCAGGAUAACGCCGAACAAUACAAGGGAAGCUACGUGAAAGCUGCGAACAGGCUCAAGCGGAUAGUUGUGGACAAUGAAUGCGCGGAAGGAUACUACUACUACAAGGUUCCGUGCCCAUGGAUUUUGGUCAAACUGCUCAAACUGCUUCAGUACUACCCGCCUCCCGAGGAUUCGCACAUCCGGAAACUUGUCCGGGAAGCAUUGCAAAAGAUCAUGGACUCUGCGCUCGAGAUGCCUAAGAACGUUCAGCAGAACAACGCCCAAAACGCCGUUUUGUUUGAAGCAAUCAACCUGGUCAUCCACUUGGACACUGAGCAGGACCUGAUGGUUCAGAUAUCUCAGCGCUUGGGCAAAUUCAUCGCGUCUCGCGAAACCAACGUACGUUACUUAGGCUUAGAAGCCAUGACGCAUCUGGCGGCCCGUGGAGAAACGCUCGACCCUAUCAAGAAACACCAGGCUAUCAUCAUUGGUUCACUGAGAGACAGGGACAUCAGUGUUCGGAGACAAGGCUUGGACCUGCUUUACAGCAUGUGUGACCAGACAAACGCCCAAGCUAUCGUCGGCGAGCUUCUGCGCUACCUUCAGUCUGCCGACUAUGCGAUAAGAGAAGAGAUGGUUCUCAAGAUUGCCAUUCUGACAGAAAAAUACGCAACAGACGUCCAGUGGUACGUCGACAUCACAUUGCGCUUGAUUGCAAUGGCCGGCGAUCACGUUAGCGACGAGGUAUGGCAGCGAGUCAUUCAGAUCGUGACCAACAACGAGGAGCUUCAGGUGUAUGCAGCCCAAACCAUCCUAGCAUAUGUCAAGGCAGACUGCCACGAAACAUUAGUAAAGAUUGGAGGUUAUCUGCUUGGCGAGUUUGGUCACUUGAUUGCCGACAGUAAGGGGUGCAGUCCGAUUGAGCAAUUCAUGGCCAUGAGCGCAAAGAUGCGUGGUUGCUCAUCCAGCACACGGGCGAUUCUGUUGUCAUGCUACGUCAAAUUCGUGAACCUGUUCCCUGAGAUUAAGCCUCAGCUCCUACAGGCUUUCCGUGCCUACACACACUCGCUCGACUCGGAGCUCCAACAAAGAGCAUGCGAGUAUCUUACACUUGCCACAAUGCCUACGGACGAUCUAUUACGGACUGUAUGCGACGAAAUGCCGCCAUACCCAGAAAGAACAUCUGCGCUGCUUUCAAGAUUACAUCAAAAGCACUCGACAACCAGCGAUAAGCGGACCUGGGUGGUUGGCGGCAAAGAUGCCAACCAAGGAGAAAUUGGGCUUGCGCGGCAGAACUCAACAGCUGGCUUCAAGCGAAGCCAAACAAUGCCAGUACAAGGAGAGCACAAAGCACCUACAGCCAACGGUGCAAAUGGCGGUGCCUCCCUGUCGAGUGAUCUUGCUGGUCUGGAUCUGAACGCGGACACAAAUAAGGUGCUGAGUACACCAAAUUUUGCCAGCGCUGCUCACUUGAGUCCAGAUUGGGAUAUUGGUUACAACCGUCUGCUGUUGCGUCCCGAAGGCGUACUCUACGAGGACCAGCAGAUACAAAUCGGACUACGGACAGAAUACCGUGGCCAGUUGGGCUGCUUGAUCUUCUACUUCACGAACAGGUCAUCCUUCCCUAUGAACUCCUUUACUACAACACUCGACAACAGAUCGUCGGAAAAUCUGAAGACAGAUGUCAAGGGCCUGCCGGAUACGGUGAUACCGCCUGGAGGCCAGUCACAGCAGACCAUCAUGUUUGAUUGCAAGAAUGUCUUUACGGAUCCCCCCACCAUUCGGAUUUCUUACCUUGCGGGUGCUAUGCAAGGUGUCACGCUGCAGCUACCAGUCUUGCUGCACAAGUACAUGGAGGGUGCAGAACUCGGCUCGGAAGCCUUCUUCAAGCGAUGGAAGCAGAUUGGCGGUGCCCCGCGUGAAGCGCAGAGCAUCUUUGGCUUGGUCAACAAGAGUAGAACCAUGGAUCUCGCAUUUGUCAAGAAGGUGGUUGCGGGAUUCAAGUGGGGUGUUGUUGAGGGUGUUGAUCCGAAUGGGAAGAACAUCGUGGGUGCGACAGUGCUGCAUACGAGCGAGGGUGGCAAGUUUGGGUGUUUGCUGAGGCUGGAACCCAACUUCGAUACUCAGAUGUUCCGCAUUACCAUUCGUGCAACAGAUGAAGCUGUCCCACCUGUUUUAAUCAAGGCCAUGGAAGAGCGACUCUCGCAAGGUAUUGAAGGCAUGAUCUAG